UAAUUCCGAACUCAUUUAUGAUCUUGUUAAUACGGUAGUGUCCAAGUAUGCCACGGCAACAUAAUUACCCGCCAAAACCCCCACUUAAUUGGGUUUGAUGAUAUACAUUUCCUAAAAUUCCUUCUUUAACCUCCCUCCAUUUUUGCCGGAAAUUCCAGCCAACAACUUUUUGCUCAAUCUCUUAUUUUUAUUUUUAUUUUCUCUCAAAAAAGCUGAGUCCUUUCUACUUUGAUCAUUUCUUUUUUCUUUGUUUUUUUUUUUUUUUUUUUUUUUUUUUGUUUAAUCAAGUGUCAUGUUAAAUUUUUUUAUUAAUAUUUUGAUCAUAUAUAAAUUCAUGAUUCAUCUGGGUUGAUUUAUAAAUUGCUGAAAAUUUCUGCAUUUCGCCUGAAUUCUUGGUUCCAAUUUUAGUUUUGAUUUCUGGGUUUUUGUGGGUGUUUUGAUUUUUUUCUUUUCUCUUUUAAAUGAUUCAUUUUUUGUAAAUGUCAACCAUUUAAUCCAUUUUCACACCCCAAAAAUCUCAACAAUUUUUUGAAUUUUGAAUUUAAAAACCCCAAAUUCUUUUUUAAUCUUGUUAAUUCUUUCAUUAUUCAAUUUUUCAUUAUUCAAUUUUUCAUUAUCAAACUUGAAUUUGAUGUUAAUUUCCACUAUUUUUGACUUUUGAGGAAAAAAGUUUUGUUCUUUAUUUAAUUUCCUUUCAAAUUUUGUCAAUAAGAAGUAUCAAUACUAUAUUGCUAACAGCUGCAUGCAUCUUGUUUGAUAAAAGUCCUCAACCAAAAAACACAAAAAUUUUUUCUUCACAUUGACAAAGAAAUUGUAAGAUACUAUCUUAAGUUUUGAAUAUUUAUAUUUCUGGGUUUUUCCAGAAAAGGGUAAAUUAUGGGUUGUUUUCCAUGCUUUUCAUCACAAAGGAGGAAAGCAGGGAGGCACAAUAGCAGAAGGAAUGUUGCUUCGCCUCAACACGAAACUCAGGGAGCUAGAGAAACAACUUAUAGUAUGAAUGAUCAUAGGGAAAAUGGGGACAAUAAUAUUGCAGCACAGACUUUUACUUUCAGAGAGCUCGCGACUGCAACGAAGAAUUUCCGUCCAGAAUGUCUGUUAGGUGAAGGUGGGUUUGGAAGAGUGUACAAGGGCCAUCUUUCAAAUGGACAGACUAUAGCAGUAAAGCAACUCGAUCGAAAUGGCUCGCAAGGGAAUAAAGAAUUUCUUGUUGAGGUUCUGAUGCUUAGUCUUCUACACCAUUCAAACCUAGUUAAUCUCAUAGGCUACUGUUCUGAUGGAGAUCAGAGGCUUUUGGUUUAUGAAUUCAUGUCUUUAGGAUCUUUGGAAGACCAUCUGUUUGAUAUUUCGCGGGAGCUAAGACCAUUAGAUUGGUAUAAUAGAAUGAAAAUAGCAUUGGAUGCUGCCAAGGGAUUAGAAUAUCUUCAUGAUGCAGCAAGCCCUCCUGUCAUCUACCGGGACUUGAAAUCAUCUAAUAUAUUGCUAGAGAAACACUACCACGCAAAGCUCUCUGAUUUUGGACUAGCAAAGCUUGGUCCUACAGGGGAAAAUUCGCAUGUUUCUACUAGAGUUAUGGGAACCUAUGGUUAUUGUGCACCAGAAUACCAAAGAACAGGUCGACUAACAACUAAGUCCGAUGUAUACAGUUUUGGAGUUGUUUUACUGGAGCUAAUUACAGGGCGAAGAGUCAUUGACACCAAUAGACCAAAUCACGAGCAGAAUCUUGUCACUUGGGCACAACCAUACUUCAGUAAUCCAAUAAAAUACCCACAGUUGGCUGAUCCUCUUCUUGAUGGGGAUUUUCCAGUGAGGGGCUUAAACCAGGCUGUGGCAAUAGCAGCAAUGUGCCUUCAGGAAGAAGAAAAUGCACGGCCUUAUAUGAGUGAUGUGGUGACCGCCCUCAAUUACCUGACAGUAGACCCACAUGAAGGCUAUACUUCUCCUGAUGGUUCUCCUGUCAGUCAAUACACUGACUGUAACAAUCACCAGGUCCAAGGACAUCACGAUCAAAGUGCUAUAGAGCGCCAGAGAGCAUUAGCAGAAGCCAUGGAAUGGGGCUCUACUCACACUGCUCUAUCCCGGGCUACUAGCUAUAACUCAACAGCAUAAAUCUUUUUUUUCAUUUUUUGUCCUAUGGUAUGACUUUGCUAAUAGCAAUGCAUAAUGCAACCUAAGGCAGUAUAACAAAUUUGUUACGUAAGUGCAAUGUGUUGGAGUUUGGAUUUGCCAAAUUGUGCAGUUUUUUUGUUUCGAGGAUACAAAUGCAUAUAUGAGAGGGAAAGUGGUGUCUUGACAGUUGAGCUCUACAUUUGUGGACUUGUUGAACUCCUGAAAGACGAAUCUGUAUAAUGAUAUAUGAGGGCAGAAUGCUCAAAUUUCUAAUGGAUCUUGUACAAACAGUAAUAAACGUCUUUCCUAAAUGUUAAAGUGUUA